CUACAAUUUUCUUAGUAUACUUGACUUCACUAAGUCUUAUACAGAAAACGCAGCUGAAUAUUAAUAAGUUUUUUAAAUUGGCAAGGUCUGAUCUAAAUGAAUAGAAUAAACCAGAAGGUUCUCAUCUACACUUUUAUAAGCUUCGUCACAAAUGCGUUUUGUGAGAACAAUCUCGGCCGGACUGCCGAUUUGGAAGCCGACUGCAGUGUGCGCAACCAAUCGGUAACGAGCAUUCCGUUUUCGUUACAAACUGUUCCAUCUUUCCGCAACGACACAUUAACAAUGGACGAAUGUAUUGCGUACCAUGCUCGGCAAGCCGAUGCCCUCAUGUGUGCUAUCGUCUGGGAGCUGGAGAUGUGCGCGUUGAUCGGUGAUGUCCGCCGGCAGUAUACGCCGAUGCUGAAUACGUACAUCCAGCCGGGAUGCAAGUUUCAAGAGCGUAUGGCGGUGGAAACCACCACCCGGGCAAUAAGCUUGAUUAGUCCGGAUCGUGCGGUGGCGCUGGCAUUGUGGGACUGGAACGGCCCCGACGAUCCGGUUACAUCGGAAGUUGUCGAACCGGUGCGCCAGCAAAUCAUUGCGUUGGACGUUCAUCAGUGUUAUACAUACAACGGCACCAGCAACGUUACCAGCAAGAUUCACAGCCUCGGGCUGCUUCCCAAUCUACACAGUUUAGAAAUUGUUCUAUGCUUUAAUAUGACCGUUAAAAGAGACCAUUUUAGCCGCAUGCCGCGCGUGCGGAUGAUCACGUUUACUAUGUCCACGAUGGUGGCAUUGGAAGCCGGAACAUUUACCGAUUUGCCAUUCCUGUGGAGUUUAGUGUUGGAGAAAGAUUUUGUCUCUCAACUCCAACAUCCAUUUCCGAAGCCUAAAGAGGGGGCGAGUGACAACGAUGUCGCGUUUUAUCGGUGGAAGAAAUCUGAAGAAGACUGCGAACGGGAUUAUUUGCAACGUCUGCAUUGUGACUGCUCAUUCGCGUGGCUGCGCAAUCUGUUUCGAAAGAAGCCAUAUCUCAUAUUCGAGAAGAACGCAGGAGAAGUUUUCGCUAUUGGCAAUUAUCUAUCACCGGUUGUUUCGAGACAGAAAGACUCUGCGGACGUUCUAAGUGUUGAUUGUUCACAAAAUCUGACCGUGGAUAAUUAUUUUAUGGGCCACGAGUUUUCCUACAACACUGUCUGCAGUAACCGGGCCUGUUGAGUAACAGUUUUCUCUGUAGGUGUUCAACGGAAACGAAAAACAUUUGAUGUUACGUUUGCUGGAUUCGAUCACAUUUGCCAUUUGCGUAUUUUCCGACCAUCAAGUGACAAAACACGAUCGUUUUAACACGUGACUCACAAUUGUUGACUCACAAAUUAUUUUCUUGUUUAGUUUGUUAGCUGCGUUACUGAAUUCCAUAGUCUAUGUGUUAUUAUGUCAUUUGUAUGAUGUCAUCGGGAAUGCCUUCACGCCCGUAGGAGUGUUCUUCCCAUGAGUUUUGAUUGCAUAACCUGUUGUUUAUGUUUUGCUAUCUUUUUUGAAGCCUUUGAUGUUUGGUAUUUGCCGCCAAUAUAAGCGCGACUGCAUCGCGAGUUUUAGGAACUGCUUUUUAGUUGAGAGUUUUGAGUCGAGAGAGUAACCAAUAAAGUCCAUCGCAGUA